AUGACUUCUGCGGGGCGACAAUGUAUAAAUAUGAAGACCGAAGGCGAAAAGGGAGAAGUGAGCAGAGUGUUCACCCAUGACCAUCCUGAGAACCUCACCUUCACUAUGAUCUGGAAGAGCCUCUUGCUGGAGGACACAGGCUCCUACUGGUGUGAGAUUGAGGAACCCCUGGCUAAAGGAAGUCAUGACAACUUCAAGUUUGAGGUGUCUGUGCUCCCAGCCUACAGCUCCAAGAACAACAAGAUCUCCCUGGAGCCCCCCACCCUGGGGCCUCCACCAAUGUACACCUGGCCCAGCACCACAAGGAAGGUUACUCCGGGACCCAGCCCUCAGCCAGGGUCCCUGAUGUGCAGUGUCCACUUCGUGGUGCUGGUCUUUCUGGAGCUGCCCCUGCUCCUGAGCAUGCUCAGUGCAGUCCUCUGGGUGAACAGGCCUCUGAGGAGGCCAAGGCAGGAGGUGGAUUAAACCGGAUUAUGAGCACCAGUGACAUCCGUGGCCAGCUACUGCAGCCCUUGGGGAU